AUGUCCCGUACGCAUAUGCAAAUGGGUCUUCGGCCUGGCAGAAGGUACAAUGACUUCCAUUGUCCCCAAUCCCCCGGCCUCUCCCGCCGUCAAGGUACACCGUCGCCAAACGCUCAUGACAUGACCGAUCCAGUCAUGGAACUGCACUCCAGCAGUGGAAGCCAGGACAGCCGAUUUAUGCAUAGCUCACUGGAGCCAACGGAAGAUGGAUUCACCAAUACAACCACCCAUGGAUGUCACCAGCUCUUUCAGUCGAUUCCAAUGGCAGACAGCAGCUGCCCCCCCAAGGUUCCAUCAUUCGGUUCUGGGACGGAGACCUCGCCAUCACUAUCAUCCUCAUUCGACUUCAUGGAUGCCCCGAAAGAGGAACCUAUGGCCUGCCGUCUGCCGCUACAAACUUCCAACCUUAUGAACCAUACCCCCGCCACGGCCUUUGCAUUCCAGAACCGCAAUACGCAGUUUGCAGGGUCUAGCAAUAUCGAUACCUCGUUCCCAUGGACCAUGGGCAAUGACGUUGAAGCAUGGCAUCACCAGUAUCUCCCCGAUAAACAGACAGGCCUGAUGUGGUCGGCUCCCAUGACCAUGCCUCCCUCCUGGCCAACAUUUGCUGAUAUCACCCUCGGCGGCACCGACGCCCCCGCGGUAUUAGCCUACGACCUAGCUCCAAAUACCUCAAUAUCACCACUCCAGCAAUACACCCCCAUCAAGGCGUCCUCCCCGCCAAUACCAAUUGACCAACACCUAGCACCAUCAGCUCCGAAGCCCAUCGUUGACAUUGGCCACUCCCAACCUCAGGCAGUUCAACCCUCAUACUCCGUCGACCACGGCUUGCCCUCCACCCAAGAGCCUCGCACUCUCACGCUCACGCACAGCCCCAAACCAAGCGACCAAGAGCACGGCAAUCCACCCACCCAUCCAGAUCCAGUAUACGCGCAAGACAACAACCCAGCCAUAAAAGCGAGCCUGUACUACAGCGACACUCGCAACGCGCUGCUCAUCGAGUGGAAGCGGCAAGGACUCUCCUACAAGGACAUCAAGCGCAUCGGUGGCUUCAAAGAAGCCGAGUCUACGCUCCGCGGCCGUUUCCGCACCCUCACUAAAGCGAAGGAGCAGCGAGUGCGGAAGCCCAAGUGGCUCGCUCGAGACAUUCAGCUCCUCUGCGAAGCAGUCGCCGCUUGCACUGAACCGUCGCCGGCUCCAAAUACGGCGUAUAUGCCUCCUGUGCAGGCUAGCGUGGCGCUAGCAAUGGCUGGGAAGCCGCCGAAGGUGUCGUGGAAGAAGGUGGCGCAGUAUAUCUGGAGCCAGGGGGGUCGUACCAGUUUGGGAAUGCGACGUGCAAGAAGAAGUGGUGUGAGAUUCAUGGUAUCAAGUUUUGAUCUAUGGGUGAUUGGUGUUGUGUAUGGAGUUGUGGUGUGCUGUUAG